AUGUCACUGACAACAGGCGGUGGCUUACACCAAGAAGUUCAAGAGUGCAUAACUCAAAUGGAGUUGCUAAAAGUAACAGAAUUAAAAAUGUUGUGUAGAUCUACAGACUUAUCUGUAUCAGGAAGAAAAUCACAAUUACAAGAUCGUCUACGACAUUUUCUCAGAAGUUCAAUAGCAAUUGGCCAUAUAGAUCCAUGGAGACCUAAAGCAGUUAAGAUACUAAUAGAAAAAGCUAAAUUAGGUGAUACUUUACCAGCUUAUGAUACACUAUGGAAUUCCUUAAAAAGUGGGGCUUUUAGGCACCCGGUUGCAUCUGGCUAUCAACCACCUUCAACCUUACAGAAUGUUACGGCUGCAUCUCCUUCUAGGUAUAAUCGAUUUCAUAUUUCUUCAUCCCAGCAUAAUCAGAGUACUUCUGGAUCAUCAGCAGGUCCCAAUCCAUUUGUAACAUCAUCCACAUCACGAACUGUAACCACUACACUAUCAGCGGGAGGGAAGAAAAAAUAUGACAUCACAAUUUUACAUUUUAAAGAAUCACCAUUCUAUCAGAUCAAAAAGUUAAUUCCAGAAAGUGUUCAUAAAUUAAAUAUAACGGAAAAUAGGGGAGUAACAAAUUUUAAGUUUAAAUUUGAACAAGCCGAUUGGAAUCUACUAUCAUCGAAUAAAUCAAUCCAGCUAUUUUUAUUUUGUGGUGUUAUCAAUACCUUGGGUUCUCAAGGAAAUGAAUAUAUUCAAUUCCCUCAUCCAAAUGAAAUUAAAGUUAACAAUGUUCAAAUCAAAGAAAAUGUUCGAGGUAUUAAGAAUAAAGUUGGAACAGCAAAACCAGCAAAUUUAACAAAAUAUUUAAAAGCAUACCCUGCUGUUAAUUCUGUGGAGGUUGUUUAUGCCUUCACAAAAGUGGUAUAUGGAAUAUAUUGCUAUUUGGUAGAAGAAAUAAGUCCAGAAACGCUAUUACAGCAAUACAUUUUAAAAAACCAAAAAUUACUCAAAGCUUCAACUUUACAGUAUAUUAAGGAUAUGUUGAAAGAAGAUGAAGAAGCUGGUUUAAUUACAACAUCCACCGUAAUGAGUUUACAAUGCCCAAUAUCAUAUACAAGAAUGAAAUAUCCGGCAAAGUCCAUUCAAUGCAGGCAUUUACAAUGUUUCGAUGCCGUAUGGUAUCUUUAUUCUCAAGAACAAAUUCCAACUUGGCUAUGCCCAGUUUGCCAAAAACCAAUUAAAUUCUCAGAUAUCUCAAUUUGUGAAUUCGUAGAUUCUAUCUUAAAAAAUUGCGUUGAAGAUGUUGAGCAAGUAGAAAUAUCCCCAGACGGAUCUUGGGUACCAAUCGAGGAAGAAGAAUUACCUCAUAAAGAGAGACAAAAUUCUGGGAAAAAUGAGACUACUUCUCCUGAAGUAAAGAAAGAAACAUCUCAAAGCACAAUAGAAUCAUCAACUACAUCGAAUCUUCACAAUAACACUGACCAUUCACCUUCAGAUUUCCCACGAGCAUCUAACCAUGAAGAACCUAUAAUUAUAGAUCUUGAUAGUGAUGACGACGAUGAAAAUGAAGCCAGUCCUAAUACUACUACUAAUAACACUUCAAGUGCCGUUACAAAUCCACCUGCCGAAUCUCCUCAGAAAGCUCCACUUCAGUCCAAUCCUACAGCAGUUCUAACUAAUGAACUUCCAGAAACUGUAACUUCUACCAUAAAUGAAUCAUCAAAUAUAUCUGCCUCUAGUAAUGUUCCAACGACUUCCUUUAUAGAUCAUUCAAAUUCUUCUGUAAUGGCAUCUGUGCCGGCUACCGAUCGAUCAUUAGACCCAAGAGCUAAUUCAAACAAUUCAAAUGGCUCAAAUGGAUCAACCUUUGUACCGGCAUCAAACAGCUCUAUAGGCAUCACAAAUACACCUUCUAACCGAAAUACAUUACUAAAUAAUAGUGAAACAAGUCGAAAUUUUGUAAAUCCGCAGGAACAUCGUAUAUCUGUGCCUAAUAUAUUGGGUACAACCCCGUUAAAUAUAACAACUAAUGCUAGAAGACGGGAUGAUGAGGAUGAUGAUGAUUUACCUUUGCGUGAUCCAAGAAUUGAUACACCUACUCCAAAUAGAACACCACAAGAAAAUAGAAGUAAUACAGAAAACCAACAAAGAAAAUCUUUCCCUACUUCUUCUAUAAAUACCGAAACAUUAUCAGUGGAAAAUAGUGUUAAUAACGGACGUUCUACUUCUAACAGCUUACCUAAUCUAAAUGUAUCGGCAAAUUCGCCAGUGGGUAGUGAUUUGCCACUAGCACAACAGAAUGCAUUAAAUACAAUGCUUUCCAAUGGGCAUACGGCUGGAAAUUCUGGAACUAUAGAACCUAAUUCAAAUCGAAACACUUAUAUAAAUACACAAACGAUUCAAUCAACUAGUACAGCAACUAAUGCUGCACUUCCUCCCUUGGGUAGAGUUCCUGAUAUCUGGCAAUCUAGCAAUUCAAACUUACUGGGAAUAUCCGGAGACUUCCCAGUUAUUCGCAAUUUAGUGAAUAUCUCAAAUACAAAUACAAGUAAUAACAACAUUCCACCAUUACCCCCAUUGCCAACCGAUUCUAAUAACAGCUCUAAUCCAGUACGCAACGUUUCAACAGGCAGAGUGAGAAAACCCGUGGUUUCACCGUUUAUACCUAAGAGACCUCAUCCUCCUCAACAAAAAAGAACGACUGAUGGAUCCGUUAGUCUAUAUAAUGGAGGUAUGGAUGGUGAUAGUUCUUCCAAUCCUCAUAACAGAGGUACAAACCCAAACCCCACUUUAAAUGAACCUUCAAAUGCACUUUAUCUAGGUGUAAGUAUAGAUAACAACGAUGAUAUCAUAGUUGACUUAACAUCUGAUUAA